AUGGCUGUUCAGUUUUUGGAGGAGAUCAGCAAUGUGCCUAUUCAAAGCCAGGUCAAGGAUAAUAUGAUAUGGUUGCCUGAACCUAAUGGACAGUACACCACUAGGUCAGCUUAUAGUUUAUGUAUGAAUACCAGGUCAGUAAAUUCUGAAGACAAGAUCUUUAAGACAAUUUGGCAGCUGCAUAUUCCCCCUCGGGCAGUCAUUUUCUGUUGGAGACUUCUGAAGAAUAGACUCCCUACGAAGGUCAACCUCUUAAGAAGAAAUGUUUUUACUCAGGCAACCACGUGCUCCUUAUGUGAUUGUGUGCAAGAAGAUGCAGCUCAUUUGUUCUUUAACUGUAAAAAGACAAUUGGACUGUGGUGGGAAUCUCUGAGCUGGGUUCGGGGAGCAGGUCCACUUUCCAUUAAUCCUGUUCACCACUUCUAUCAAUUCUGUGAUGGGUUUGGGACAAAUGUGAAUUAUACUACAAGGUGUGGGUGGUGGAUUGCCUUAACGUGCUCUAUAUGGCAGCAUAGGAAUCAACUGAUUUUCCAAGGAAAACCUUUUGAUCCUUGUAAAGUCAUGGACUAUGCUAUUUAUCUAGCUUGGUCUUGGAUAAAGGCUAAGGAUAAAGAUUUUAGUACUAGUUUCAACCAAAAGGAAGAAACAUAA